CGUCGUCGUCGUCGUCGUCGCCGUCGUCGCUGGAGUACUACGCUUCCUGGUGCGCCUCUCGGAGCCUCGUGACAAGUUAAUCCGGCGAGUGUUUUUCUUCCCCCGGCUCUCCCCUCCCCCUUCCCUUUUCCCAUACCGCCGCCUGUCUCCUGCCAUCGCUCGGGGGUGCCCGUGUACGUGCGUGCGUGCGCGUGUGUGUGUGCCGCGAGAUCGCGAGAGUCCCCCCCGGGUCGUCUCUCUCUCCCUCGAAAGAGCUUCGGUUUUCUCGGGGUUAUUCUCUUUCCUCCGCCCCUCUGCUACAAUCACCGUCGCCGGAUGACGGCGCGUGUACGUGGUGCGUGCGGCACGGUACCUGUGUGUACGACGAGCGGCAUAGUCGACGAGGUGCGUCCCGUGCCGCCUGAUGUCUACGCAUCGUCUUCGUCGCACAGAGACAGCACAGCGGCUCGCCACCCCCGUGUCUACCCCUACCUCCGGCAGCAAUACCACCCUUCCUAGGCCCUAUGGUAGCCACACGCUUCAAUCGUCGGUUCCAGCUGCGCACAGUGGGUCGUCAUUCACGAGCUCCAAGGGACAAGAAUAUUUUAUAAAGGGGCUCGAGGCGACACUGAGUGACAGCAAGAAGAAGUACAGCGACAAGGUGGGCGCGCUUCUGUCAGCCUGGGAGCAUGUCACUAAUUAUAUUCCUGCGGCACCGCCCGAGGCCAUCCAGUCUCUCAUAGAAUGGGCUCACAGACAUACAUUGACAUUGGUAUUGCGCGGGGAGUGGCCGAAGUUGCCACCCGUCACCAAAACGCACCUCUGCGUGACGCUACAGAGGUGUGCGUCUCAGCUGGUGCAACAUCCCGCUGCACCCAGGUGUACCGCCCUGCUGGCUCUGGUGAGCAAUCCAUGGACGCAUCCCGUCCUCGACAGCAUACUUAACGGCCAACCGGAUUCCGAACAUGAGGAGGAAUUCUGUUGUUCGGAGAAAGGCGAGCUGCUGACGAUGAGACUGAAGAUACUCUGCGAGGACCGCUGCGAGGACAUAGCGGUGAACCUCGCCGCCGCGUGCGUGCGCUCCCUUAGACGAAGCGAUCAGCUGCGGUCGCUCUCGGAGUCUCAUCACGUCCACUACAUGAUCGACGUGUACAUCGUCCUCUUGUACAAAUUGAAACGCACGCAAGAUAUUUUCGCUCAAUUAAAAUUAAUGGACCUCAACGACGGGCUUGAAUUGGUCCAAAGGCUUAGCGGUGAGAAGCCAACGAAGUAUGGAACGGCGCGUGUUUGGAGAAAUUCGAUAAAGGCUGCGGAAUUGGUCGCGCAGUAUCUCGUUACUGCCGGGAUGGUUCGACCGGUAUCGGAAACCGGUGCAAAUAUUUUGGAGCAGAUUUUGAACUCUUGGGCGCUGUUGCACGGAAAAUUGAAGGACGUUGCACUGACUCUGCCCGGCAUGAUUAGAAAAUUAAUUGAACCUGCGGAAAGUGCUCAACAUAUUUAUAUCUUCUGUGCAGUACUUGCAAAACAUUUUGGCGAGAGUGUAAAACCAUUGGUGAUUGAACUGUACAUCAGAGCGCUAACAACGGAUAUGAACGAGCUGGAGAGUCAGAAGGCGAAAUCGGACAAGGACAAGGUGCGCGAGACCGCCAAGCGUCUGAGCACGCAAUUCCUCAAAUUGGCGGACGUAGUAGACAGCAAUAUUGGCAUCGCAAGAGAAUGCGUUUUGACGGCGUUCUCGUUACAUCCUACCAGAACCUGUUACGAUAGAAUAAAGGAAUUGGCGGUGGCGUGUGGAAAGGCGAAGGAAGAUGGUAUUUCGCAAGAGGAGCCAACUAUCAAGGAAGAGCCAGGUAUCAAGGAGGAGCCAAAUAUCGAGGAGGAGCCGAGUAUCAAGCAGGAAGUAAUUAUCAAGGAAGAACUCAAGGAAAUUGAAGAAGAUAAUUGUCGUACGUCAGUCAUCAAGGUCCAAGUGAAAUCUAAGGAAAAUGAUAGCGUUCCAGAAACAUCCUGGAUACCAUCGCCAAGUUCGACAGUUUUGGAAGCGCAGCCACCGCAUCAAAAUUUGACCGUCGAAAAGGACAUAGAUCCUCAAAACUAUCGGAUGACGAAAACGUUCGAACAAACCAAUCAAUUGCUGAAGAGUCUGUUGACGGCAAAGAAUCCUAACACAAAGUCGUUUGACGUGACAGUACCAACGACGUCGACCAGCGGCAAGUGUCCGUUGCACCUGAAGCGUGAAUCUUCGUCCGAGAUGAUUGGCGAGCUCUGUUUCAAUUGUGGGGAAUUCGCUGGCAAUAAUCAGCUCAACGACGUUAAACCACAAUUGGAUGAAACGAGCGCGACACCAGACCAGAACGUAGAGAGAACGUUGGACGCGUUGAUUCUGAUCAAAGGCGACGCGGUGACAGGCUCGGCGAACUACGACGAAAGGUCUGUGCCCAGCCAAGUUCUGGACGGUGAAAAAUUGGGCCUGUCGCCGCAACUGUGCGAUGAUCUGGCCGUAGUACUGAGUAGUCCACGUUACCACAUGCUCAGCUGGGUGCUGGACUGGAAGGAGUUGAAGACUUUGUGCGAGCGGUACCUGGAGAACGCUGAGGAAAUGCGUAAUACAAACAAAGAGCUUAAAUAUCUGAAUAUUGAUUACUCGCAGUUCAAGGAUUGGCCAUCGGAGGACGAUGCUAAGGACGUCUUCUUUGGCAUUGAGAAAGGCUAUGAGCAGUGGGUCGAUCUACCAUCCGACAGUUCCGAGCAAUUCGGUAGCUUCCAGCCGGCGGCCGGCUAUAAACGUUCGUCGAUGCGUCGCAGUUUAGACGAUACCACCACGGAUUCCGACAGCGGUAGUAUAUUGCGUGUGCGGCGUACCGCGCGAACACGGAAAAUCCACCGGCUGGAAUCGUCCGAGAGUGACUACGACAGCGCUGAACGUAAACCAAAGCACUUUAGAAAUAGGAUCAGCUCGGUGUCGGACAGCGACAGCAAUACGCAGGACAGUCAGACUGACAGCUUAGGCAGCGACGGUUGUCGGUUAGAGACCAAAAAGAAAUCUAACAAAUCGGGCGGCAAGGAGCCCAGCAAGAAACGUUCGAAGACAUCGAACCUCACCGUCGAGUCCGUCUCGCAUUUUCACAUGUUAGUGAAUGAGGACGUGCGGCACACGAACGCGCACGAGGAUGCCAGCGGCUCUGAUGUUAGCAGCAAUGACAUCAUCACUCUUUUCGCCGCCGAUAUGGACGAAAACAAACGCGAGACGAUCAAGGGAUCGGCGUAUACCGCCGCGACACAAUUGAUCAUUACCGAAAGGCGAAGCGAUCCGGCGGUGCUCAAAUCUCUUAGGAUGUUCAGGCCGCAAAGCUCGAAAAAACCGUCGAGGAUCUCCCAGAUUCUGCAGAAGAAUCUAAUAAAUAAGAACAAGGAUACUAACAACGGCAAUCGAACGGAGCAUGUCGAGCAACAAGCAACAAACAAUAUUGCGAAAUUUGCGCCUAUGUUGAGCACGCUAAAUCUAAAUCCAAAGAUUGUGCUGACGCGCGCGGACGAGGUCGACCGUAAAUUGACGAGCCGCGGUAAGAAACAACAGAAGCGGCUGAGCAGCGGUGACAUCACCAAUGAGCUCAUGAACAUACAGAAGACGAUGCCGUUCUCGCCAAACAAGAGCGUAAUAACGUAUCAAAAGAAACAAAAGCAGAAUGCCGCGAAUGGUAAGAAUAGCGCCAGCAAGAGCGACCUGCGCUGUCCCGUGAUAGUUGACGGACGUCGCGAUCAUCACCAUUUCGGCUCCGUCAAGUCCAACUUGGGUAAGACCAAGUAUGAUAUUCUCGAGAAGGCCGUUAGAGUCAGGGAUUCUGUUAUAUUGGCCAAAAAUGUGCCGGGUCUGAAUACGUUGGAUAUGAUGGUACCGCCGCGGCAGCGUUCCACAGUGAACGUUGUCCAGGUCUCCAGAAGCGGCGUGCCGCAGAGUCCGAAUUCCGCCACGGGCACGCCAACGACCAUUAACGUGAGUGGCAGCACACCACCGCGACCGACGCGCACUCCAAGCGUGGCUAGCAACCAAAGUAGCAGUGGCGGUGGCAACAGCAGCAUACAGCUGCCGGGUACCCCGUCUUCAACGGGCGGCCACGACAGUGGUGUCGGCAUGAGUCCAGCCGGCCAGACGCCACCGUUGAGAUCGUCAUCGAAUCUUGGAACGCCGGAUACCAUCGGCGAAGAGGCCAAUCAACCGCUGGAUGCUUCAUCACCGACGACUAUCAGUCCAACGAUUCCGACAACGAUGUCUACCAAUAACGUGAUUUCGGUGAUCCAUCAACUCGACAUCGCUGCUACCGAGUCGUCGAGUCCGGUGAGAGCGAUAGCGCAGAUGCGUCGCGCUAGUAAUCAGCAGAACAAUCAGUCGCCGAAAAAGUCGCCCUCUUCGCCGUGCACCGUGGGCGCAGGCGUGAUUACAUCCACAACGAUGACGACGGCGACGACCACGGCGAUGUCUUCGGGCCUGAUCACGACGUCUGAAUCAUCAUUAAAGGUCAUCUGCAAACCCGACGGCAGCUUCCAUCUCGCAUCUGUCAAUCCCAACCAACUUGUGUCCAAUCAGAGGAACCUUUUAUCAGCAAGCCUGCAGAAUCUGGAGGACAGCAGCGGCGCAAAUUUUACGCGACAGACGACGCAGCAACGCGGUACGGAUGGAACAGGCGGCGCGUCGUCCAACAGAAACACUUACGAUCGAUUGACCGGCGUCGGUUCCAUCGCGAAGAGUACGUCGCAGACCGGCCAGAAUGCCGUUUUGCCCAAAUUCCAACAGGCCUUUCGGAAAACCUCCCUCUACACCACUCUGACAGCCGACGCGACCGCAAGUGGGGUUGCCAAUGCUGCGACAGACACAUCGCUGGGCGGCGUUCAACAAGCGGCGACGUCCCCGCAGAAAACAACGAUGAAUCUAUCGAAGGCGGUGCAGACAUCCGUGCCGAAUAAUCAAUCGCAGCAGCAACAGCAAGCGAACGCCGGAAGCGUCAACGUGCAAUCAAUCAUUCCGAAUGUACAGUUGCCGGCAGGCAGCAGGCAGAUAGUUAAUAUCGUACCGAAUUCCGGUAAUAAUGGUCCGGCGAAUGCUUCCAUCGGUUCGAAUCAGGCCGCGAAUCAGACGCUCACGCAACUCGUGCAGAACGUCAGCACGUCGAACGCCGGCGUUAUAUACACGCACAAGGUAAUAGCCGGCAAUAAUCCGAAUCAGCUCAACAUCGUUCCACAAACGAUUAUAUCGCAUCCCAAUUCGGUGCCGAGUGGCAGAACUCCCGUGGUCAAGCUCAACAUCAUCCGUGCGCCGGUCAGACAACAGAAUCUCACGGGAACCAUCCAGGCUGUCCUAACGCCGAGAUUGCAGCAACAACAGCAACAGCAGCAGGCCGUGAGAACGGACAGUCUGAUCGGGUCUCCGAUCGAGGUGAACAAUUCGGUGAGCUCAACGACUCUGGAACAGCUGCGGGAAUUCGAGAGUGUGCUGGAACAGGUGAAGGAGAGGAGUAUUCAGCCGCAGUCUCAUCAGUCGACCUCCAAUAGCGCGACUACAACAGCCGUGCAAACGCAGACCACGACGCAACAGACUCAGGCAAGCAAACAGCAGCAACAGUUAGCCGUUAGCACUCUGGCACAGCAACUGAUGAUGCCGACACAGUCCAGCACGAACAGCGAGUCGUUUGCCAGUAACGGAAAUUCUGUUACAUUCCAACAGGAAUCUGUGUACUCGCAGAAGGUCUCUCUGACCUAUGUGAAUCCGAGCAGCGGCACCGCCAAAGUUGCGACCAAUUCUACGACCCCGGUAGUUGUGGUCACCAGCUAUUGUCAACCAGCGGCGUCGCCGGCGUUGAGCGUCACGUCUCAGAGCUCCUCGAGCCCGUGCGUGACACCGGCGCCAGCGCCGAUUCCAUCAACCGGCAAAACACCAUCGACGCCGCCAUCCACCGCAGCUGGGACCACCACCGCCGCCGCUGCCAAAACCAGCGUGAAGAAAUCGACGCCCAAAGCGGUCAAAAGUAGUGCCACUAAUACGUCCAAGGCAUCACCGAUACCGAAGCCGCAGCAGAAGCCGCAGGAGGACGAGCAGACUGCCCAGCGGAUCUAUGCGAUUCUCGACGAGUACGCGGAACAGCUGAGAAACUCACCGGAUCUCAACAACAAGCCGGCACCCCGCAGACGAUCCAAUCCGCCAACCAAUCCGAGUCAGUCGUCAAAGAGAAAGAAAUCGAGCUCCAGCAAGACCAAGCCGGUGGGACAGCAGACUUCUGAACUGAGCCCUAGCACGGACGAUCUUGGCAGGACUAUGGGUAGCGAGGAUUCGUCGAGCGGCGUUGUGCACGUGCAGGGCAGUCCAGCCGGUUUCUCCGCACCAGAGGAACCGUCGAUGAGCGCGGAAACGAGUAUAGAGGUGCGCAAUCUGACGAACGACUCGAACGACGGCGUCGAAUUGAAUGUGAAGCGGCGUAAUCUCAUCUUCACGGAGCCAGGCUCGGGCCAGCCGCGCGCGGUGAUUGUCCAGGAAACAUUGCAAUCUAGCUCGGUGAGUGUUAGUGAGGCGCUCGCCUCGGUUACGGGUAAGAUGAGCGGUACGUCGGUACUGAUGCCCACCAGUAUCGUGCUGCCGCUGAUGAAGGGCGCGCAGCAGCUCACCAUAGUAUCCGGGUCCAAGCUGCUGACCAUGCCGACGACCAUGCGCACGGCCAGCGGUACUACAGUUCCCAACACUCUCCUCCUGCAGUCCUUCCUUAAUCAGGGCAAACUGAUUCAACAGCCGCAGGUCAAACAGAUGAAAGUGCAGCCCACCUUGCAGACGUUAUCGAACAACAAUCAGACGCUGACUGGCGCGCAGAACGUUCAGAGUACGCCCGUGGUUAUAUCGCAGACCGGGGGCACGCAGUUCGGAGACGCAGCCACUGUGACGGCCUUGCCUACACCGGAUAAGCCCAACGUGAUCGGCGAGCUGACGUUGAAGAACGAUACCGCGGCCGCUGGUAGCGCGAUCACGGCCAUCGAAUCAACGGCGGCAAACGCUAUCGUGGUGAACAAGAGCAAUCCCACCCUCAGCCUGAUCGGAACCCGGAACAUCAACGAGAUAUCGGACGGCCAACAGAUAUGCGGCGUUAUCACCAGCAAUCCGACGCUGCAAAGCACGGCGAGAUUCUUCAACUCGAACAUACAUAAGCUAUCGGCACCUGCCCUGAAGGCGGAAAACGUGGUCUGUAUUGCGCCAGCCGCUGCAGUCUCCCAUUCGCCGGAAAAGAAAUCCCCUCAGGACGGGCAGAUGCACACCGAGAAGCCGGUGUCCAUACAAACGGGCGCUAUUGCGCUCGCCUUCACCCAGCAGGCCGAUGUGAACGCCAUGCUGAACGACGCGAAUCAGCAACAGCAGAAGGACACGAAGGAAGCGUCCACCGAGAUAACAUCCGGUACCAGAAUUAUUUCACCGAAAGCGGUAAAGAGAAAAUUCGACAACUCUGUCGGCACACAGGAAAAUAUAUCGGCGAGAAAUUUGAUCUCCACGAGCAUCGCCACGUCGUUACAGAAUAAUACGAAAAUUGACAAGCAAACGAGCGUUAUCGAUAGCACGCAGUUUUUGGUGACCGGUGGACCGAGUAGUUCGGACAGCCAGGAGUCAUCUGUGCAACAAUCCACCGAGACAAUCGAUGGAUCUUGCAAAGUUGGAAACGGACUGCUGUACGAAAAUGCACGCUUGCAAGAGGCUUGGGAAUCGGAAGGAAAGAUCUCGCCGGAUACGCCAUGGAGAUACGUUCCUACAACGAUGAACACGCUGAGCAACGAGCCGUUGAAAGCAUAUUCCAGGGAUAAUGACAACUCCGAAAGCGUGCUGCAGAUUAUCAACAAGGGCCAGGGCAUCGAGAUGGCGGGCGGACAGAUCUAUCAGUCGAAUGCGAAAAAGUACUUCAUGAAUCACACUCUAGAUACUUCAUAUUCCAACAAGGUAAAGUCGAAUCCCAAAUCGGACCGCGAGCUGCAGCAAAGGAUAGAGAAGAAGGCCGCGUACGAGCGUGAGCUCAAGCUGCAAAAGAGCUUGUCGGAGGAGUGCGAGGACCUGGGAGUCGACGAGCCUAGCACCAGCGAGCUAUUUCCCGAGGCAGAUCUGCUGUUCGACACGAAUCACUCGCCGUCGUUCGAUCACUCCUCGCAGGACGCGACCUGCAGUCAGUCCCUGAGCAUGAAGCCGUACAACUCAUACUUCCGGUCGCUGGACUCGUCCAGCGGUAGCAGGGACGCCAGUCCAACGAGCGACUUCAAGACGAACGAACGCAAGAAGAACGCGAGCCAACGCGCGAGAGCUUUGAAGGAUUCGUCAAAGAGAGGGAAGCGAGAGAGGGAGGAUCUGGAGAUUCCGACGAAACAUAUUCGACUGACCUUGGAUAAUCUGAGUCAGGACGAAGCAUCGAACAGCAACUCUGACAUCUCCAGACUGUCACCGGCACAUCUUGGUUCUUUGGAGAACGAUUCGUCAAAAGAUACGAGCAAUCGCGUGAAAUUGAUCUCGAGGGGCGGCUCGAAGGAGGGAACACCCAGCAGCGUGUACAGCAUACCGUCUAACAUUAAACUGGACAUCGAUUUGGACUCGGAAUCGUUGCCGCCCAGCAUUAACGUUAAUAACACUUCGGCAGCGAGCUCGGGCGAUGAGAGUUUAACCUUACUGAGCGGUAAUACUGCGGAUCAUCAUACCAUACCGUCACCACUGUCACCGUUGGCCGCGGCCGGACCGUUGCUGUCCACGCACAAGUACACAUACGCCAACAAGAAGCGCAUACCGUCGUCCAAGGUGCGCAUGGACUCGUACAUGGCAUGGGAGAGCCCGCUGUCAGAGCGCACAAGAUCCAGCAGCGAUGACGAGGACUCUAGCAUCAGCGAGUCGAUCGGCAGCCAGCUGGAAGACAACGUCGCGCUGAGCAAUGGCCUGGAGGACAGUAUACAAACGUUAAAAUCUUUGUCCUCCGAUCGGCAUUGCACUUACGUGAAGAUAAAGGACAAGGUGAAUACCACGAGGGUGAUUAUAAAUCGUACCGAUCAUAAAUCGACGGCGGCGACAGCGACGGCUCUUCCCAAGCGGAUUUCCAAGGUAGAAUCGGUAGCGGCGACGGAGGCGAUGGUGAUAUCGAGCGACAAGGCGUCGGAGGCGUCGGAGGACGAGACGAGCAAUAUCGUGCUGGAGCCGGCGGAUUGCCGCGCCAGAAGGUCCAGUUUGCGUUGCCACGUGAAGAAGAACUGCGCCUGCUGCAACGGCUCGCCGGAGCGGCCGAAAAAGAAGACGACGACGACGGUCAAGUCGGAUCACAAGCUGAAGAAGCGGCUACCGUCGAAGCAGCCCGGCAAGAAGAGGUAGUCCUAGCGAUCGAACGCUCGCGCGAGCAUCGCAACGUGUUGUUAUAUCAUUAGCGUGUCGUCGUCGUCGUCGUCAGUGGUUUACGAUGCAACGACGAUGCGGGCGUUUCAGCGCGAUCGAAACCGGGGAGUUUGAUAAUACUUCUUGCAAAACACGAUUUCGGACAGCCAACAGUUUUAUUCGCAGAUCGAGAAAGAUCCAUGGCGAUGGCAUUGUAAAUAUUAUUAUAAAGGCGCGCUUAGACGCAAAUUCCGUGAAUCUAUCAUACUUACAAUAUUUGGAACAUUUGGUAGCUGGCCAAUAGGUGGUCGAGUAAACAAGCAGGCUCAGUGCAAGCAAAAGAAAUAUCCUCCAUAAUUUUAAAUUAACAGUGGGGCUACUUCACGUCGAUAUGCGUACCAUGUGCGUGCAUAUAUAUAUAUA